AUGCGUAGAGGCAUGCGCAUUGACCAAGUGUUGUUUCAUCUAGAAAUCGAACCUGGUAUUCUCCGGGUAUGUCCUUGGAGGGAGCUCCUUGCCACUGGAGCCCAAACAACUUGGAACAAAAAUCACCACCUUACUCCACCCACCCCUCCUUCCCUUCCUAUCAUUGGACACAUUCACCUUCUUUCUAAGCUUCUCCACCAAAGUUUUCACAACCUUUCAAUUCAUUAUGGACCCAUAAUGCAACUUUUCCUAGGCUCCGUUCCUUGUAUAGUAACUUCAAGUCCAAAAAUAGCCAAAGAGUUUCUUAAAACUCACGAAACUUCCUUCUCCAACCGCUUUACAACUUCUGCAGUUCACUACAUAUCAUAUGGCUCAAAGGGUUUAAUAAUUACACCUUAUGGUGACUACUGGAAAUUUGUGAAGAAGAUAUGCAUGUCAGAGCUUCUUGGUGGAAGAACCCUCGAUCAACUUCGUCCCUUGAGGCAACAAGAGACUCUAAGAUUUCUUAGACUUUUGGAUAAGAAAGGGGAAGCCGGUGAAGCCGUUGAUAUUGGCGGCGAGCUGUUGACUCUAUCCAAUAGCAUUAUAACAAGGAUGACAAUGAGAAAAACUUUUGGUUCUAAGAAUGAUAUUUGUGAAGUUAAGGACAUUCGGAAGAUGGUGACAGACACUGCCGAGCUUGCAGGGAAGUUUAAUGUGUCGGAUUUUAUUUGGUUUUGUAAGAAUUUGGAUUUUUAUGGAAUGAAUAAAAGGCUUAAAAGAAUUAGGGACAGGUUUGACAAAAUGAUGGAGAGAGUGACAAAAGAGCAUCUAGAGGAAAAGAAGAAAAGAGGUGAAGGUGCUCAUCAUGUUAGGGAUCUACUUGAUAUAUUGUUGGAAAUACAAGAAGAUGAGAGCAAUGAAAUCAAAUUGACCAGUGAGAAUGUCAAGGCUUUCAUCUUGGACAUAUUUAUGGCAGGAACCGACACAUCUGCUAUAACAAUCGAAUGGGCUAUAGCUGAGUUAAUAAACAAUCCACAUGUGAUGGAGAAAGCAAGACAAGAGAUUGAUUCAGUAACUGGAAAGAGUAGAUUAAUACAAGAAUCGGAUAUUCCGAAUCUUCCAUAUAUAAGAGCUAUAGUGAAAGAAACACUAAGAAUUCACCCUACAACACCCACUAUAGUGAGAGAAUCAUCUGAAAGUUGCAACAUUUAUGGUUAUGAGUUUCCAGCAAAGACCGUUUUAUUUGUUAACUUAUGGUCGAUGGGCAGGGACCCGAACCUGUGGGAAAACCCACUUGAGUUCAGGCCAGAGAGGUUUAUGAGUGAGGAAGAUAAUAAGUUCGAUGCGAGGGGACAAAAUUUCCAACUUAUGCCAUUUGGAAGUGGUAGAAGGGCUUGCCCUGGUGCCACUUUAGCACUUCAAGUUGUUCCCACAAAUCUUGCUGCAAUGAUUCAGUGUUUUGAAUGGAAUGUUGAUGGUAAUGGGAAAGUUAACAUGGAAGAGAAAUCCGCUGUAACCCUUCCAAGGGCUCAUCCUUUGAUUUGUGUUCCUGUGCCCCGUUUUAAUACCAUUCCUUCUUGUGAAUGA